AUGCGCGGUGAAGCCACCCAGAACAAGGUCCACUACCGGGGCUCGGAUGAGGAUUACAUCGUCUUCGUCGAUGAUGUCGCCACAUAUCGCAAAUGGAAGGAAGAUUCCUCAGUGCCGCUGGCACACUUUGUGUCGAGCUUCAAGGUAUUUGUGACACACAAUCAGGGAGUUCAGGGCACGUUAGACACGGCCUCGAACGGAACACUGGAAAAUGAGUUUAGCACCCACGAUAUCGAUGCCGUACUGAAAUCUAUUCUGUCCAAGGGAACACUGCAAGAGGUGGAGGGUCCCGAGCGGCAGGGCUUUAAGAACGACUCCCAGGGAGCACGGGUGGCACACUGA